UUUCCCUGUUUCUUUGCUGUCAUCCGUGGAUGGAUGGAUCAUUACUUCUUUCCUUUCCAACCUCUCCCUCUCCUACCUUGAACUUCAACCAUCUUUACCAUUCUUCUUCUACUUCACAAGUAUAAAUAGGACUCCUACUCCAACCUCACCAAAACAAACUCACAUUACACACAUUCAACACAUUCUUAAUUGUUGUUCUCUUAUGACACAAUCAUCAAACAAUGGCUGGAACUGGAACUGUCAAUGGCAAAGGUCUUGAGUUUGAAGACUUGCUUCCGGUGAUGGCGAACAAGCUAGGUGGGGAGGGUCUGAUAAAGGAACUAUGCAACGGGUUCGAUAUGCUGAUGGACAAGGACAGAGGGGUCAUCACACUCGAGAGCUUGAAGACCAACGCUGCUGUUCUUGGCCUGCAGGACAUGAAGGAAGACGAGCUUGUGAGCAUGAUUAGAGAAGGGGAUCUAGAUGGAGAUGGUGCUCUUACCCAGAUGGAGUUCUGCGUUUUGAUGUUCAGGUUGAGCCCUGAGUUGAUGGAAGAGUCAUGGAUUUGGCUUGAAGAGGCUCUGCAACAUGAACUUGACAACAAUUAUUCACUCUAGUUUCUAGGAAUAACAAUUCUGAUAGUGGUUUCUCUUCUCCUUAGUUGUGUUAAGAGCUUCUGUUCUGUUGUUACUAUUCUUCAUCCUGUUGCCUAUAUUGGAAAGAAUUGAAUUAACCAUUUUUUGUA